AGAGAAUCAUACUUUCGCUUGCUCUGCAAAUCAAAAAAAGACCGCAGUCUAUCUUUUUAGUUUUUAGUUAAUAAUUCGUGGGGAAAGUGCUUGGAUGCACCAAGCGAAACUAUAGACGAUAAUGAAGCUUCUUAUACUACUCAUCGCACUUUGUGUGAGUCAAAUAAAUGGCUAUAACAUACUGGGCCUAUUUCCACAUCCAGGUAUAAGCCACUUCCACUUCUUUCAUCCUAUUAUGCGAGCAUUGGCUGAAGCUGGCCAUGAUGUCACAGUGAUCAGUCACUUUCCUGAUAAAAGUCCACCAGCUCACUACAAGGAUUUGGUAUUAACCGGUGUAGAUCCUCUCACAAACACUGUGAAUUUAAAGUUCUUUGAAAACAGACCAUUCUACAGCCACUUUCUUGAAUUCUUUUUACUUUACGAAUGGGGCAAAGAUGCCUGCAAUCACACAAUCAAGUCUCCAGCUUUAGCUCAAGUUCUCAAACAUAGGACACGCUAUGAUGUAGUCAUUAUGGAACAAUUCAACUCCGAUUGCUUAAUGGGUGUUGCACAUAUCCUUAAAGCACCUGUUAUUGGCUUGAGUAGUUGUGCUCUAAUGCCAUGGCAUUAUGAGCGAGUCGGAAAUCCAAUCAUACCAUCGUAUAUUCCUGCCUUGUUCAUGGGUCAAUCCGAGAAAAUGGACUUUAUGCAUCGUGUUUCUAAUUGGUUUACAUUUCAUGCAAUGAACUUUCUUUACAAUCAUUAUUCCCACAAAGUUGCAACAGAUUUAAUUCGUAGAAAGUUCGGACAUGAUAUGCCAUCUACUCAAGAGCUAGUUCAGGAAACUUCUUUGAUUUUCGUAAAUCAACACUAUUCUUUGAGCGGUGCUAAGCCUUUGUCACCAUCAGUCAUCGAACUUGGUGGAGUUCAUAUACAAAAAGCGAAGCCAUUGGAUGCUGAUAUCCAACGUUAUCUAGAUAAUGCUCCCGAUGGAGUUGUUUUGAUAAGCUGGGGUUCAAUGAUACGGGCAGAUUCCUUGCCAACUGCCAAACGAGAUGGGAUUGUCAAGGCUUUGCAACGGUUGAAGCAGAAAGUCAUUUGGAAAUGGGAAAACGACACACUUACUCAUCAGCCACCGAAUGUUCAUGUUAUGAAAUGGUUGCCUCAAAGGGAAAUUCUCUGUCAUCCAAAUGUUAAGGUUUUCAUGACACAUGCAGGUUUGAUGGGCAGCACAGAAGCUGCUUAUUGCGGAGUUCCUGUUGUUGCAACACCAAUGUAUGGUGACCAAUUUCUUAAUGCUGCCGCCUUGGUACAUAGAGGAAUGGGCACACUUUUGAAAUAUGAAGACAUAACAGAAGCUACAGUUGUUAAAGCAGUUCGGUUGGUCCUUGAAAAGCAAUUCAUGGAAAAUGCAAAGAAGGUUUCAUAUGCAUUUAGAAACCGCCCCAGAACUGCUAAGGAAACAGCUGUUUGGUGGGUAGAACACGUUAUCAAAACCAAAGGAGCUCCUUUGACCAAAUCAGUAUCAAGACACAUGUCCCGUUUUGUCUAUCAUUCAUUGGAUGUUUACUUAUUAUUUGGAUCUGUGAUUUUAGCAGCAGUCUUAGCAUGGAUUUGGAUUUUCACUAAAAUCUGCUCUUGGAAAAGACAGCAACAAGAAAAAGCUAAGACCAGUAUGAUGAAGCUUCUUAUUUUAUUCAUCGCGCUUUGCGUAAGUCAUACAAAUGGAUAUAAAAUACUUGGUAUAUUUCCACAUCCAGCUUUUAGCCAUUUCAAAUUCUUCCAUCCAAUUAUGCGUGCAUUGGCUGAAGCUGGGCAUGAAGUUACAGUAAUUAGUGCCUUUCCUGAAAAAAAUCCACCUGCUAACUACAAGGAUUUACCACUUAACAUAGAUCCUCUUACGAACACUGUUAAUUUAGAGAAAUUUGAAAACCUACCAUUCUACAGCCAUUUCUCUGAGUCAUUUAGUCUUCAGUAUAGAGGCACUGAAGCCUGCAAUCGAACGAUUAACUCUCCAGUCAUAGAUAAAGUUCUGAAAAACAAGAAUCACUAUGAUUUGGUCAUGAUGGAACAGUUCAGCUCGGAUUGUUUAAUUGUUGUGGCUCACAUCCUUAAAGUCCCAGUAAUUGGCUUAAGCAGUUGUGCUCUAAUGCCAUGGCAUUAUGAGCGGGUCGAGAAUCCAAUAAUACCUUCGUUUAUUCCUGCGUUAUUUAUGGCUCAAUCAGAAAAAAUGGACUUUAUGCAUCUGAAUUUACGUCAUUUUAGUCAAUAUUCUCACAAAAAAGCAACAGAACUGAUUCGAAAGAAGUUUGGACAGGAUAUACCUUCUACUCAGGAACUAGUGAAGGAGACUUCUUUGAUGUUUGUCAAUCAACACUAUUCUUUAAGCGGUGCUAAGCCUUUGUCGCCAUCAGUCAUUGAACUCGGAGGAAUUCAUAUACAGAAAGCAGAGCCAUUGUAUGCUGAUAUCCAACGUUAUUUAGAUAACGCACCCGAAGGAGUUGUUUUGGUAAGCUGGGGUUCAAUGAUUAGAGCUGAUUCUUUACCUACAGCCAAACGAGAAGCUAUUUUAAAAGGUUUGGAACGUUUGAAGCAGAAAGUCAUUUGGAAAUGGGAGAAUGACACCCUUACCCAUAAACCACCGAAUGUACUAGUUAAGAAGUGGCUGCCUCAAAGGGAAAUACUUUGUCAUCCAAAUGUUAAGGUUUUCAUGACACAUGCAGGUUUGAUGGGCAGCACAGAAGCAGCUUAUUGUGGAGUGCCAGUCGUUGCCACACCAAUUAAUGGCGAUCAGUUCCUUAAUGCAGCCGCUUUCGUACAUAGAGGAAUGGGCACAGUUUUAAAAUAUAAAGACAUAACAGAAGAUUCAGUGGAAAAAGCGAUUCGAUUGGUUCUUCAAGAUCAAUUCAUGAAAAAUGCGAAAAAGGUUUCUUAUGAAUUCAGAAAUCGACCUAAAACUGCCAAGGAAACAGCUGUUUGGUGGGUGGAACAUGUUAUCAAAACCAAAGGAGCUCCUUUGACCAAAUCAGUAUCCAGACAAAUGUCACGUUUUGUUUAUCAUUCGUUGGAUAUAAUGAAGUUGCUAAUACUAUUUAUCACGCUUUGCGUGAAUCAGAUACAUGGAUAUAACAUACUGGGGUUAUUUCCACAUCCAGCUCUUAGCCAUUUCAAAUUCUUCCAUCCAAUUAUGCGUGCAUUGGCUGAAGCUGGGCAUGAAGUCACUGUGAUCAGUCCCUUUCCUGAUAAAAAUCCACCAGCUAACUACAAGGAUUUGCUACUUACCGGCGUAGAUCCGCUAACAAACACUGUUACUUUGGAGUAUUUUGAAAACCUGCCAUUCUACAGCCAUUUCACCGAAUUCUUUCAUCUUAAAUAUUUUGGAAAUGUUGCCUGCAAUCAAACACUCAACUCUCCAGCCUUAGAUGAAGUUUUAAAAAAUAAGAAUCACUACGAUUUGGUCAUGAUGGAACAAUUUAAUACGGAUUGUUUAAUAGGUGUGGCUCAUAUUCUUAAAGUACCUGUUAUUGGCUUGAGUAGUUGUGCACUAAUGCCAUGGCAUUAUGAGCGUAUCGAGAAUCCGAUUAUACCCUCAUUUAUUCCUGCAAUCUUUAUGGCUCAAUCAGAGAAAAUGAACUAUUUGCAUCGUGUCGCUAAUUGGGUGUCAUUUCAUGCUCUUAACUUUCUUUACAAUCAAUAUUCUCACAAAGAAGCAACAGAGAUGAUUCGUAAAAAGUUUGGAGAUGAUAUGCCAACUACUCAGGAACUGGUCAAGGAGACUUCUUUGAUGUUUGUUAACCAACACUAUUCUUUGAGUGGCGCAAAGCCUUUAUCGCCAUCAGUCAUCGAACUCGGUGGAAUUCAUAUACAGAAAGCGAAGCCAUUGGAUUCUGAUAUCCAACAUUAUUUAGAUAAUGCUCCCGAUGGAGUAGUCUUGAUAAGCUGGGGUUCAAUGAUAAGAGCAGAUUCAUUGCCAACUGCCAAAAGAGAUAGCAUUGUAAAGGCUUUGCAACGUUUGAAGCAGAAAGUUAUUUGGAAGUGGGAAAAUGAUACGCUUUCACUUCAACCACCGAAUGUACUUGUUAAGAAGUGGUUGCCUCAAAGGGAAAUACUUUGUCAUCCAAAUGUUAAAGUUUUCAUGUCACAUGCAGGAUUGAUGGGUAGUUCAGAAGCAGCUUAUUGUGGAGUGCCAGUCGUUGCAACGCCAAUUCUUGGUGAUCAGUUCCACAAUGCUGCCGCUUUAGUACAUAGAGGAAUGGGCACGCUUUUAAAAUAUGAAGACAUAACAGAAGAUUCAGUGGGAAAAGCGAUUCGCUUAGUCCUUCAAGAGGAGUACAUGAAAAAUGCGAAAAAGGUUUCAUACACAUUUAGGAACCGUCCCAGAACUGCUAAUGAAACAGCUGUUUGGUGGGUGGAACACGUUAUCAAAACCAAAGGAGCUCCUUUGACCAGAUCGGUAUCAAGACAUAUGUCCCGUUUUGUCUAUCAUUCUUUGGAUGUUUACCUAUUAUUUGGAUCUGUGAUUUUAGCAGCCGCCUUAGCAUUGAUUUGGAUUUUUGUCAAGUUUUGCUCUUUGAAAAAACAGCCACAAAAGAAAAGUAAGGCCAGCUAAAAAAAUUGGAGUUUUCAAAAUCUAUAAAUCAUAAACUAAAAAACGUAAAUUUUUGAGGCUGAGUUGUUAUGAAGUUAUAUUUGAAAUUUUAUGAGUUACCACUUAUACUGACACAACUGUAUUUUAAAAACAAAGAUAAUAAGU